GCUAGCAAAAUAUUUACUUUACUCUAUUUAGUGUUACUCGUGAUCAUUCAUAAUAAAGCAUGUCAGAUUCAGAUUUACAGUUUAACAAAUGACUUUCUGUAGUGAAAUAACUCACGUUUUCUUGAGAAUUUGAUACUUCAAAAUCUUAAUAUUAGAUGUUUUUAAUAUUUCUUUUCAUUCCUAUAAAAUAAUUGGCACAGAACUAUGGUUGAUUCGUCUGCUAUCUUAUACUCCACACAAUGAAAUUUUUAAAAAUCAUUCGAAUACUAUAUGGAACUAUUCAGAAGAACGCUGUGGAUUUAUUAUUUGCUCUAGUCUUGUCAUUACUUGUUGUAUUUUGUUUACAUCCGGAUCGUUUUGCGGUUCAUUACAAUUACAUAGAUAAACAAAGCAUCGCAUCAGAAUUAGAGCCAGCUUAUUGGCCUAAAAUCAACUCGUGUAAAUUGAAUUCUUUGGAGAGUAAAAAGUCAACAUUACUCUACCCAAAUGAAAAUCCCAAGAUAGAUGCUCAAGGACUGGCACAAAAAUACAAUGUACAAAUUGGUGGUGCAUGGAAACCUUCAGAUUGUAAACCUCUUUUUAAUGUUGCCAUCAUUUUGCCGUACAGAAACAGACUAAAGCAGCUUUCAAUUUUUAUUAAUUACAUUCACCCGUACUUACAGUUGCAAAAUCUAGAUUAUACAAUUUUUGUGAUUGAACAAAGUAAAAAUAAAGAAUUCAAUAGAGGCAAACUUUUUAAUGUAGGAUUUACGGAAGCCAUGAAAAUUAGGAAUUUUCACUGCUUCAUUUUUCAAGAUAUUGAUCUAAUUCCUCAGAAUCCAGAAAAUAUCUAUACCUGUUCUAGAUUGCCCAGACACAUGAGUUCUAAUGUUAAUACAUUUAGAUACAACCUUCCUUACAGUGGGCUUUUUGGUGGAGCCAUUUCCAUUACUAAACAACAAUUCCAGCAAGUUAAUGGAUUUUCAAAUGUAUAUUUUGGUUGGGGAGGAGAAGAUGAUGACUUUUACAGUAGAUUGCAGAAUAAAGGCUAUCCGAUAUGUAGAUUUUGUCCGGAUGUAGCACAGUAUUACAUGUUAAGCCACAAAAAAGAAACUCCUAAUAAAGAGCGAUUUACUUAUUUAAAAUCUGGAUCAAAAAGAUAUGAUACCGAUGGUUUGAGAAAUUUAGAAUAUAAAGUAUUAGAUCAAAAAUUGGAACCUCUAUAUUCAUGGUUUUUGGUAGAUAUUUAAAUGAUUAUCUUUUGAUAAAAAACAAUUGUUAUUAGAUAUAUAGUAAACCAAUCAAAAUAAAAUGAAAAACCAAAGGUAUAUGAAACUACAAUGAAUUCUUGUGAUAUGGUUUGUAUAGAAUAAAAAAUAAGUUUUAAUACUACUUUUGUACCAAAUAUCAUCUUUUGAUAAUAGAUAUCACUGUAUAUAUGUAUGUGUGUUAUUAUUUAAUGUGUUUCUAUUCACUAAGUACUGUAACAUUUAGUGUUAAUGAAAGUUAUGUAUUAACAUAUUUUGAGCUAAAAAUUAAAACUUUUUUAAAUUAAAUCAAUAUUUGUAUUAUUCAAGCUAAACUACAAGUGUUGAAGUAAUUA